AUGGGCAGACAGCGCCUUCUGAGCAGCUUUUUUCUGAUUGUCCUGAUUAGUUUAACAAAUGCUGGAUUUGUCAGAAAAAUCCUGCGACAUCGACGACAGACUUUGUCGCCUCCUAAAGAACCUAACAUCACCAUCCCCAGUGCUGGACACCCUGUUGUUUUCAGCCACUUAUAUAACAUCAAUGUACCUGCCAGUUCCCUGUGCUCCGUGGAUGUGGAUGCACCAGAAGGCGUUCAGAUCCAUCCCAAGGACACAGUAACAGGCCACCACAUCACUGAACACACACUUGAUGGAGAGAACCAGAUCAUCUUCACCCAUCGCAUCAACAUACCCCGACAGGCCUGUGGCUGCAAGGAAGACCUGCCUGGUCUGAAGGCUCUCAUGCGUCGAUUAGAAAUGCUUGAAGGAGAAGUUUCAACCUUGAGGGAUCAGUGCAGCAGUGAAGGGGCCUGCCGAAGUGCACAAGUUUUGGGAGAAAUGAGAACAAAACCCUACUGCAAUGGCCAUGGAAACUACAGUGCUGAAACGUGUGCUUGCAUAUGUGAGCCUGGUUGGAAGGGCACCAACUGCACUGAGCUCGAUUGUCCUGGUAGAUGCCAGGAACGAGGCCGCUGUGUUGACGGAAAAUGUGAGUGCUUGAAGAGCUUUACCGGAAAAGACUGCGAGUUCGAAAUCUGCCCUUUUGACUGUGGAGCCCAAGGCCACUGUGUGGGUGGUGUUUGUAUUUGUUCAGAUGGGUUUUAUGGAGAAGACUGCUCACAAAGUCAGUGCUUGAACAACUGCUUGGGCCGUGGUCGCUGCGAAAACAGAGACUGCGUAUGUGAUGAACCUUGGACUGGCUUGGACUGCUCUGAACUCCUCUGCCCCAAAGACUGUUAUGACCGUGGACACUGCAAGAAUGGCACAUGCUACUGUGAUGAGGGCUUUGGCGGAGAGGACUGUGGGCAGCACACCUGCCCCAACAACUGCAGGGGCAAUGGUUUCUGUGUUGAUGGUAAAUGCAUUUGCUCUGCAGGGUACAAUGGCGAAGACUGCUCUCAGCUCACCUGCCUCAACGACUGUAACAGUAGAGGCACAUGCUUCAAUGGAAUGUGCAUUUGUGACUCAGGCUAUCAAGGUGAAGACUGCAGCCAGUUGGCAUGUCUAAACAUCUGCAACAGCAGAGGUCAGUGCAUAAACGGACAGUGUUCGUGUGAUGUUGGCUUCCAGGGAGAUGACUGCUCCGAGCUUUCCUGUCCCAGGAACUGCCAGCUGAGGGGACGCUGUGUUAACGGACAAUGUGUAUGUGAUGAAGGCUUUGCCGGCGAAGACUGCAGUGUUCACAUCUGCCCCUCAAACUGCUAUGCCCGUGGGGAGUGCAUCGACGGACGCUGUGUGUGUCACGCAGGCUUUGCUGGUGAAGACUGCAGUGAUUUAAGCUGUCCCAACAACUGCCAAAGUCAAGGUCGUUGUAUCGAUGGGCAGUGUGUCUGUGAUGAAGGAUUCAGUGGAGUGGACUGUAGUCAGAAAGCUUGUCCAAAUGACUGCCUGGCACUGGGUCACUGUCAUGAGGGUAAAUGUGUCUGUCAAGAAGGCUACACUGGAGAGGAUUGCUCUGUCCUCACAUGUCCAGAGAACUGCAACAAAAGGGGGCGUUGUGUCAACGGGAGGUGCACCUGUGACAGCGGAUAUGAAGGAGAGAGCUGUGCAGAGCUGAGUUGCAUUAACAGCUGCCAAGACAGAGGUCGCUGUGUGGACGGUCAGUGCAUCUGUGAGGAGGGCUACAUUGGGGAGGACUGCUCAGAAGUGUCACCUCCAAAGGACUUAAAGAUUGGUGAGGUCAGCACAGACACUGUGGACCUAUCCUGGGACAACAAGAUGCUGGUCACAGAAUACCUUGUCACAUAUGUGCCCACCAGUCCUGGGGGUCUUUUAAUGGAAUUCAUUGUGCCUGGAGACCAAACAGCCGCCUCUGUUAAAGAGCUUGAACCUGGCAUUGAGUACCUGAUCAAUGUCUACGCUAUCCUGAGCAACAAAAAGAGCAUUCCUGUCAGUGCAAGAGUGGCUACAGAGCUUCCACAGCCAGAAGGUUUGAGAUUUAAAUCAGUGAAGGAGACCUCUGUAGAGGUUAUGUGGGACCAACUUGACAUCUCCUUUGAUGCCUGGGAGAUCCAUUUCCGAAACACGAAAGAAGAAAAUGGAAAAGUCGUCAAUACUGUUCAGUCCGCUGAAAACCAAUACUUCCAGUCUGGGCUAGGACCAGGUCAGGAGUAUGAGGUCUCCAUCAACAUCAUCAAGAACAACACCAGAGGACCCCAAACAUCCAAAACAGUCAAAACCAAAAUCGAUGGCCCCCGGCAGAUGGAGGUGAAGGAUGUCACAGACUCCUCGGUUUUGGUCAGCUGGUAUCUUCCUGUGGCCCCCUCUGACAGAGUCAGCAUGUUUUACAUGCCAAGCUCAGACCAAUCAAACCAAACCAUGGUGGAUAUUUCCCCACUUGACAAACAGUACAGCAUUGAUAGUCUGAGGCCAGAUACCAAGUACUAUGUGGCUAUCAUUUCAAGACUGGGAGAUGCCUCGAGUGACCCUGUCAACACCACAUUUACAACAGCACUGGAUGCCCCCAAGGGCCUGCAGGCUGUGGCUCAAACAGAUGAUAGCAUCACUUUAGAGUGGAUCAACAGUCAGGCUGAUGCCAAAAACUAUCGAGUGAAAUACAGCCCCAUCUCUGGCACCGCUCAUGGGGAGGAGGUGUUCCCUAGAGGGCCGGGAUACACCACACAGGGGACCAUCAUGGGGCUGAAGCCAGGGACAGAGUAUGGGAUCGGAGUGACAGCUGUAAAGAAUGAAAGAGAGAGCUUACCUGCGACAGCGAACGCAGCAACUGAUCUGGAUCCUCCCAGAGGUUUUGAAAAAGUUAAGUCCACAGAGACAUCACUCACUUUGACGUGGCAAAAACCUCAGGCUAAAGUCGGUCGGUACAGACUGGUGUACACCUCCAGAGAUGGUCAGGCCAAGGAGGUCGAGAUCCCAGUCACAGAAACUACAUAUGUCUUGUCCAGUCUGACUCCUGGAAUGAACUACACCUUUAAUUUGACUUCAGAGAGGGGACAAAGGAGAAGCAGACCCGUCUCCCUGUCUGCAUCCACAGUGGAGCAGAAGCCAGCGAUACAUAACCUCACCAUCUCUGACAUUGCUUGGAAUGGGUUCACUGCAUCCUGGAGUCCCACAGGGGGGGACUUUGACAGUUUUAUCAUUGAGGUAACAAACAUGGAGAAUUUCGCAGAGAGUCAGAACCUCACUUUAUCUGGAAACGCUUUGAGCCUAGGCAUCUCUGGCUUGAAUCCCAACACCAGCUACAUGGUUGGUCUGUAUGGGAUGCAUCAGAGCUCCUUCCUUGAGCCCCUGUACAUUGAAGCCACCACAGAGGCUGAGCCGGAGGUGGAGCAUCUCUUCGUUUCAGAUAUCACAGCUGACAGUUUCCGCCUGUCAUGGGCAGCUGAUGAAGACCUGUUUGACAGAUUUGUCAUCAAAGUAAGAGACACUAAAAGAUUAGCUCAUCCUCAGGAGUAUAAUGUCCAUGGCAACAAGAGAACAAAGGUUAUCACCGGCCUCAUGAGUGGUACUGAGUAUGACAUCGAGCUUUAUGGUGUCACAAUGGACCAGCGCUCCCAACCUAUUACAGGGCUUGCUCAAACAGGUCUAAGCGCUCCAAGAGGACUUCAUUUCUCUGAAGUGACGGACUCCACAGCCAUAGUUCACUGGUCCAGUCCACACUUUACAGUGGAUAACUACCGCAUCACCUAUGUGCCUUUUGAAGGAGGAAGCCCAUUGAUCGUGACUGCAGAUGGCAGCGUGUCUGAGACUUUGCUGGUUGAUAUGGUGCCUGGAAAGAGCUACCAAGUCACUGUGAGCGCACUGAAAGGUCUGGAGGAGAGUGAGCCCAGCACAGGCACUGUAACCACAGCUUUGGACAGCCCACAGGGUGUGACUGCAGUUAAUGUCACUGAUACGUCAGCUCUUUUGCGUUGGCAACCAUCUGUAGCCACUGUGCAUCAGUAUGUCAUCACCUAUAGCUCUGACUCAGUGUCUCCAGUGGUGGAGUAUGUGUCUGGGCACACAGUGGAGUUUGAGAUGAGUUCCCUGGUUCCAGGAUCACAUUACACAGUUGGUGUUAACGGAAUGAAAGAAGCUCAGAAGAGUGCAUCUGCUUUUACUGAAUUCAUGACAGAUGUAGAUCCUCCUCGUGACCUGGCAGCUGUUAACAUUCAAAGUGACAGUGCCACUCUGACCUGGAAACCACCUCAUGCUGCAGUCACUGGUUACAUGCUCACCUUCUCCUCAGCUGAUGGUGAAAUCAGGGAAGUAAUGCUAAGCCCAACAGCAUCCUCGUACAGCAUGUCUCAGCUGAGCGGUUCCACCGAGUAUGAUGUCCGCCUGCAGUCUGUUGCUGCGCUAAAGAGGAGUCGAUUUGUUACAACCACCUUUUCCACCAUUGGACAGCUGUUUGCACAGCCACUGGACUGUGCUCAGAUUUACCUGAAUGGAGAGACGACCUCCGGUCUUUACACCAUCUUUAUUGGAGGAGAGGAAAGACAGCCUGUUCAGGUUUACUGCGACAUGACAACAGACGGCGGAGGAUGGACAGUUUUUCUCAGACGUCAGAAUGGAAAGGUGGAAUUCUUUAGAAACUGGAAAAACUACACAGCUGGCUUCGGUAACAUGAACGAUGAGUUCUGGCUGGGUCUUUCCAACCUCUACAAAAUGACAUCAUUGGGAUUUUAUGAGCUGAGAGUGGACCUAAAAGACAAGGAGGAGUCAGCCUAUGCUUUGUAUGACAAAUUUACCCUUGGAGAGCCAAGAACACGCUAUAAACUCUACUUAGGAGUGUAUAGUGGAACUGCAGGUGACUCCAUGACGUACCACCAUGGUCGGCCCUUCUCCACCUAUGAUAACGACAAUGAUAUUGCUGUGACAAACUGUGCCUUGUCCUACAAAGGAGCCUUUUGGUAUAAAAACUGCCAUCGAGUCAACCUCAUGGGGAAAUAUGGUGACAACAGCCACAGUAAGGGAAUUAACUGGUUCCACUGGAAAGGCCACGAACACUCAAUUGAUUUUGCAGAAAUGAAGAUUAGGCCAUCUAACUUCAAAAACUUUGAGAGCCGAAAACAGCAAUCGUAG